AUGGUGCGUGACGAUCCUGAUGGCGAUCAGUCCGCAGACUGUUCCGAGGGGCGAUGCUUCUGCCGCAGCUCUACGUGCCAAAACGCGGCCAGGGCGUUUGGCAGCGGCGAAAGCCCCGCUUACCCCGGCACCAUUCUGCACAUCUGGAUAAUUCUCGCUUCCGUUGCAGGUGUAUUCAUUGUUGCAGCGAAGCGAACCCCUUUCGGGGCCUACGGAGGUUUGCUGAAGGACUUCUCGGCCAUCGAUCUGACAGAACACGCUGCUCGAGCUGCGUUGGCUGCUGGCAAGGUCUCUCCGGAGAUCGUCGACAGUGUCGUGGUCGGCAAUGUCAUGCAGACCUCCGCAGAUGCGAUAUUUAUUGCGAGGCAUGUUGGUUUACGCGUGGGAGUUCCUGUCGCGGUCCCAGCCCUCACGGUCAACAGACUUUGUGGCUCUGGUUUCCAGUCCAUUGCCACUGGAUGUCAGGAAAUUUGCCUGAAUGACUCAGAAGUUGUUCUGUGUGGUGGAGGUGAAAGUAUGAGCCAGGCUCCUUAUGCAGUUCGAAACGUUCGAUUUGGAACCAGAUUAGGAGCAGAACUCAAGUUGGAAGAUACAUUGUGGGAAGGUCUAAUGGAUACGCAUGUUAAAAUCCCUAUGGCAAUUACGGCGGAGAAUCUGGCUGCAAAAUACAACAUCACGCGAGAAGAAUGUGACCGAUACGCCCUCAAAACACAACAGAGAUACAAAGCUGCUCAUGAGGCUGGUUACUUCAAUGCUGAGAUGGCACCAAUUGAAGUGAAGACAAAAAAGGGGAAGGAAAGCAUGCAAAAGGACGAGCACCCAAAACCCCAGAGCACUCUGGAACAACUGGCAAAACUCCCACCUGUCUUUAAAAAGGAUGGAACGGUGACUGCUGGGAAUGCUUCAGGGGUGUGCGAUGGAGGUGGUGCAGUCAUUAUUGCCAGUGAAUCAGCACUGAAAAAACACGCUCUUACUCCUCUGGCAAGAAUAGUAGCCUAUCACUCAGCCGGCUGUGACCCUUCCAUAAUGGGCAUAGGCCCUGUACCUGCAAUUACCGAGGUUCUGAAGAAAGCAGGACUGAGCCUGAAGGACAUGGAUUUGGUAGAGGUGAACGAGGCAUUUGCACCUCAGUAUCUGGCUGUGGAAAAAGUUCUGGGCCUUGACCCGGAAAAAUCCAAUGUCAACGGAGGUGCCAUCGCUGUAGGUCAUCCUUUGGGUGCUUCAGGAGCACGGAUCACAGCUCAUCUGGUUCAUGAAUUAAGGCGUCGUGGUGGGAAAUACGCGGUUGGCUCAGCUUGCAUCGGCGGCGGCCAAGGUAUUGCUGUUCUCAUCGAGAACACAGCCUGAGAGAUUCUGGAGACUGCAGCGUUGCCCGAAUUGCUGAUUUCCUGAGAAAGCUCUGCCUUGUCUGACAGUAAUGCGUCACUGCCUGCCUUCAUGUUGUGCCAUUCCUCCAAGGUAAAGGAAUAGCUGAGAAGUC